UGGCGGUUUCCGAGAUACGGUCUGGCGCCGACCGCUGUGGAGGAGCCCCUGUCGCGGCCGCCUCAGAACGGUCCGUCCGGGAUGGCCGCGAUCGCUUGGGCGCAGAGAGCGCCCGCGGGCGGAGGGCAGGGCCACAGCGAUGCUCCCCGCAGGAGAAUCACAGCCGGGCACAGCGCCCUCCCUCACUCCUGUAGUGACCUCUCUGUAGUUGACAAGGAGCUGGGGAGAACUGGAAGAGCUCCGAUCUGCCACAGCAGGUUCCUAAAGGUGCGCAACCAAAACCUACAUAGCAGCCAGUGGUGCCAGACGCUGGGAAGUGCUGUGCAGGCAGCGAACAGACACAUAGUAAAGCGCACUCCGGUUAGCACUUCCCAUGCACGGUCGAGCUCAGCUCUGAGGAAAGUGGCGCAACUAGAGAGCAAAAUCAUGAAUCGAAGAAAGCAGAUGGAGUUGCAGAACACCAGCUUGGGCCAGAAGGCUUUGAAUAAAGAGCCCCUCUCAUCUGCGUCCAGUCAUGAACACAGUGCAAGGGGCAAGAAAUAUCUGAAGAAUUAUGCUACUGCCAGUGGAAAUAUGACCCCCAGUAAUGCCUGUUCAAAGGAAAAAGAAAGCAUCCAAAGCCCUAAAAAGAAUGUUAUGCUUAAACAACAGCUUGAUUUGGACAGUGAUGAAGAGGAAAUGAGAGACUUGAUGGAGGUUUCCAGUGGAAACAAGAAUCAGAGGGUUGUUGUGAAUGAUUCUAAGUGGAGUGAAAAGAGUAAGACUCCAGUUUCAUCAAGAAUGCCUCCUCCAUCUCAUAAGAAAAUUUCACUGACAGAGGUAUCUAAAGCACCUUGUUUUGACAGCACAGAUUCAGAGAAAAAUGUUUUCAGUAGAGUUAAUUCAGCAACACCUUCAUCAGACAGCAGAAACCUGCCAGUACAACAUAACGUGAGAUCUCAGUUGCCGUCUUCUUCCAUGAACGACAAUACUGUAAAGAUGACUCUGCCUAGAACAGGCAACACCAAGCAAAGCCAAAUGUCACUUGAAAGUGACAGAAGUGAAAUUAAAUCAUUAGACGAAUUAUUUUCAGAAGCAGCUGAUGCAGAAGACUCAACUAGCAGCAGCUCAAACAAUUUCAGACUGAAUAUCCUGAGCCUUGAUGAUUUGGCACCAAAUAUCACCAAUGAGGCAGCAGAAAUAGAGCAGAAAGGGACAAACAUUCAAAUUACUCAAAAACCAAACAGAAAUCCAAAAAAAGAUGUAUUUCUGGGGGAAAAGGACCAAGCUUCUUGUGAAACGACAAGUGCAGGAACCAGUGUGAAUGAUGCUUCUGAAGGGGAUGUUGAAAAGACUGUGACUGAAGCUGAAAUCUCAGAGCAUUUAAGUGGAGUUUCUACAGAUGUCCCUAAACACAAAGAGGAUUAUCUUGAUCAUGAUGAGCAAACUGUUAAUUCAGAAUAUUCUGAAGACUUUGAAAGGUCUCUGUCUACAACAGGCAGGAAAUCUGUAUCAGAAACGUCAGAGGAACAUUCUGAGAGCUGCAUGUAUUCUGGAAAACGCCGAUCUUCAGCAUUAUCAGCUCCAUUUACCAGAGAGCGGCAUGACCAGGUUCAGAGAAAAACUGUCAAAGAAACUGCAGUUCAGACAGUGGAUCCUCCAUUCACCUACUGCUGGUGGUCAAAGACAGACACCUCUGCAGUACUUGACCCACCUGUAGGAAACAGUUACAUUGAUCCAGUACCUAUUGCCAGUCACGUCAUCAGCAUGGAUGCAGUAGAAGCCUUGACUGCCUACAACCCGUCAGUCCUUGUUUUAAAUUCCAUGUUGAAACAGCACUUGAUGUUGACUCAGCAGUUUGUAGAGAACAUUCACCGCCUUCACUCGUCCCUUGUGGAGUCAUUAGAAAACGAGAAGUUCCACUACCAUACCCUGGCAGAAGCUAAAGAGUACAUCAAGAAUCACAAAUCCCCACGUCUAACAAUUGAGCAAGCGCGUCAAGAAGUUUGGAAAGCACAGGAGGAAAAAUUGCUUUGACUCUUUGAAUUUUAAGUAAAAUUUACAUUUACGGAUUUCAAGUUGGCACAAGAAACCCUUCCAAACUGCACAGAUAAAAAGUUAGAAAUGCUCUACUGGAAGGAUUUGUACUAACUGCUACGUAUCUUACCAUACAUAAUUUAUUUUCCUAUAACUGAAUUUUUUACUACUGUACAUGAUACAGGGAGAGGCAGGAACCUUCAGCCAGACUAUGUCAGUGUUCAGCAAAAGAGAAACCCAAAACCACUUCUCUCUAAAGAGUGUGCUGGAAGUCAUCACAGUACGCAUGUUUAUCAUGUAUAUCAUGUAAGUAGCAUGAUCGGCAAUCGCAUCUGUGAUCAUGGUAGAAGUAAGUCUGUACUACAGUACUCGAGGAAUACGAUCACAGUAGAAAAAUAGCAUAGCCUGACUUCAGCACCAUAUUUAAAGAGAGUUUAUGUAUCAUUAGCCUUGUCAGAUUACUACCAAACCACACAGAGUUAAAAUAAAUUCACUACAAGGAAGGCUUAGAGCCAACAUGUGGGAAUCCAUUUACUCUGAAAUGAGCCAGCAUUUUAUUUUUAUAAAAAAAAAAGUGUUUAUUGGAAGGCAAAACAAUAAAAUUCACAAGUCUAUAACA